AUGUUAGAAAGGAAGCAAGGGAAUCAGAAGAAAGUUCUGAGGCAUGCCUCAGCCAAACACAAGAAAAAGCCUCGAGAUUGCCAUGAAGUCGGGCAAAGUUCAGACCCAGUUAGACGUCGGAAGAGUCACCCGAUGAAAAAGCCCUGGGAGUGCACUGUGUGUGGCAGGUGCUUCAGUUACUUCUCCGCCUUUGUCCUGCAUCAGAGAAUCCACACCGGAGAGAAGCCCUAUGUGUGUAGCCAGUGUGCAAAGGCCUUCAGUCGGAGUUCUUCUCUUAGCCAGCAUCUGAGAGUCCACACUGGAGAGAAGCCGUACAAGUGCAGUGAAUGCGGGAAAGCUUUCAGUCACCGAUCAGCUCUCGUGCAGCAUCACGUUGUUCAUACGGGAGAGAAACCCUACGAGUGCAAGGAAUGUGGGAAGGCCUUCAACCAGAGCACAAACCUCAUUCAGCAUCGCAGAAUCCACACUGGAGAGAGUCUCUAUGCCUGUAGGGAAUGUGGGAAGGCUUUCAGCAACACCUCGUCCCUUAUUAAGCACCAGAGGGUGCAUAGCACAGAGAAACCCUAUGGGUGCAGAGAGCGUGGCCCCACUCAGCAGCAAAGAACUCACGUGAGAGAAAAGCCGUAUGAGUGUAGUGAUUGUGGGAAAGCCUUCAGCUACUGUUCAUCCUUUAUUCAGCAUCAAGGAACUCACACUGCGGAGAAACCCUACAUAUGUAGGGAAUGCGGGAAGGUCUUCAGUGACCGCUCGGCUCUUGUGAGACAUCAGAGAGUUCAUACAGGCGAGAGACCUUACAAAUGCAGAGAAUGCGAGAAAGCCUUCAGCCAGAGCUCCUCCCUUACAAAGCAUCUGAGAACCCACACUGGAGAGAAACCAUAUAAAUGCAAUGCUUGUGACAAGGCCUUCAGCCAGAGUUCAUCUCUCAUUCAACACCAGAAAACUCAUACAGGGCCAAAAUCCCACCAGUGGAAGAAGGGCGGGAAACCCUCCAGCGUACGUUUAGCCUUUGAUCAGCAGAAAGAAAUAUAUAACAAGUAG